AGGAAAGAGGAGUCCGUCCAAGUCUGUGUAUGAAAAGCAACUGCGUUACACAGAACAGUACCUGGAGAUUGCACUCCCUGUACCCCACUGAGGGCAGCAGUGAAGUUUUCUGACAUCUUUGCUUUUAAGACCCAAACAGCAGCUUUGUGCGUUGUGAGGAAGUUUGCAGUGAUCCUUGUGAGCCUUGCUUUUAAGCUGUGUUAAAUUUGUGGCGAGAGUGUCAGGCAUUUCAUACUUGGCUUCCAAAAAAGAAAAAAAAGAAACGAGAGAGAGAGAGAGAGAGAGAGUACGACGUGUGUGGGGAAGAAAUCUCCCAGGAAUUUCUUCAAGGUUGUAUUCAGACAAGCUGGAGUGACAAGAAAAGCAAGGCAAAGAUAAAGCUUCGUGCUGUGAUGUCUGAGUGUAAAGCAGGAGAUCACAGAGACUGUUUGGGAUUACCUAUGUUCAUCUCACCCUGGAUAUGACUGCAGACAAGCUAGCUCUUCUCGAGUGACAGUUUAAAAAACUCAGGACUAUGUUUCUCUUCCCUGUUGCUUUCUUGCCAGUGUUUUUUACCAUUGGCUUUGCUAGCCCUUCAGCUCUGCAGCACUGGAACUGUCCUAAUGGAUACAGAUUAAGGAGUGAAAGCUCUGCCUGCGUAGAUAUUGAUGAAUGCCUUGAAGGUGGUCUGGGAACCUGUGGCCAAACUUGUACAAAUGUACCAGGGUCCUACUUCUGCUCCUGCUUGCCUGGUUACACCUUGGAUAUAGACAGACGGUCUUGCUAUGUGAAUGACCCUGCACCAUUCCUACUUUUUCACCAUGGAAGUGCCAUCUACAGAAUUGACACUGAAGGGACCAAUCAUGAAAGAUUGGUGGAUGAUGCUGGUCCAUCAGGACUUAUAGAUUUUCAUUAUACAGAAGAGAAAGUGUACUGGGUAGAUUCAGAAAAGCGACUUCUGCAAAGAAUUCACCUGAAUGGUACAAAAAGAGAGAGAUUAUGUUAUAUAGACAAAGGCAUUUCAGGAUUUGCUAUUGACUGGAUAAAUCAGGACAUUCUCUGGGCCAAUAGACAGAAAGCAACCAUAGAAGCAACAGACAUGAAUGGAAAGAAACGCCGAGUUCUUCUAAGACAUAUUGGUCGUCCCACAAAGAUUGCAAUUGAUGCUGAGCAAAGGAUACUGUUUUGGUCAUCAGAUGGUACAGUUUCAAGCAUAUACCGUGUGUUCCUCAACGGAAGUGAUGUGAGAAAUAUUUUAAGAACCACAGAAAAAAUAAAGGCCAUCUCACUAGAUUUUGUUGAUGUAAGGCUCUACUGGAUCCAGCAUGACCAUGGGAAUGAGAUUUCCCAUAUUGGAUCAUGUGACUAUGAAGGGGGUGCUGUUCAUUUGCUCCGAAGUUCUGGUCGAUAUCAGUUGCUUGGUAUGUCUCUCUUUGCUGACCACCUGUACUAUUCGGAGCUGAUGUCUGGUACAGUACGGACAGCCAACAAGUAUACUGGAAAGGUUGUAGUCACUAUUAGCCUGAAACCAUCACUUUUUCCACCCGUGGAGAUAAAAGUAGUGCAUCCAUUUAAACAGCCUGGUGCAAGAACAGAUCUUCAAGAGUUUGAAAAAGGAAUCUGUGAUUUGAACAAAGAAAAGUGCAGAAGAAGAAUCUGCAGGCUGGACUCAAGGACUCAUCGGUGUAAAUGUUCUAGUGGUUUUGUUUUAAGUCGAAAUAAACAGUUUUGUGAAGAUAUCAAUGAAUGUGGCUUCUGGAAUCAUGGCUGUACUCUGGGGUGUGUGAACAUCCCUGGUUCCUAUUAUUGCACCUGCCCAAGAGGUUUUGUUCUGCUGCCUGAUAGGAAAACUUGUCAUGAGCUAAUUUCCUGUUUAAAUAACGACACUGAAUGCAGCCAUGGUUGCCUUCAGACAUCUAAAGGGCCUGUUUGCUUUUGUCCUGAAGGAUCUGUACUCAAAGAGGAUGGCAAAGCAUGCACGGGUUGCACGUCUCCAGAUAAUGGUGGCUGUAGCCAGAUAUGUUCUUCUUUAAGCCCAUUCUCCUGGGAGUGUGCUUGCUUUCCUGGAUAUAAGCUUCAACGUGACAGAAAGCACUGCACUGCUAUAGGCCCUCGGCCAUUUCUGUUGUUUGCAAACAGCCAAGAUAUCCGCCGGAUCAGUUUUGAUGGAACAGAUUAUGCAAGUUUACUUGACAGGCAGAUGGGAGUAGUCUUAGCACUGGAUUCUGACCCAGUGGAAAAUAAGAUUUACUUUGCCCACACUGCCUUGAAGUGGAUAGAACGAGCUAAUCUGGAUGGCUCAAAUCGUGAAAAAGUUAUUCAUGGAGCUAUAGAUAUACCCGAAGGCCUUGCCGUGGACUGGAUUAACCGUAAAUUGUAUUGGACAGACCGAGGGAAGGCAUGCAUUGAAAGAAGCAAUUUGAAUGGAAUGCAAAGAAAAAUGAUCAUUUGGGAGGAUAUCUCUCAGCCCCGAGGGAUUGCCAUUCACCCAUUUGUGAGGAGAUUAUUCUGGACUGAAAUGGGCAUCCAUCCCCAGAUUGCCAGCUCUUCGUUAGAAGGCAUAGAUCGUCGGGUUAUAGCCAGCAUAGGUCUUGUGCAUCCCAGUGGAAUAGCUCUUGACUACUUAGCCAACAAGUUGUACUGGUGCGAUGCUAAGCAGUCAGUGGUUGAGAGUGCAAAUCUGGAUGGUUCGGGUCGUCGAAUUCUUGCACAGAAUGAUGUAGGCCACCCCUUUGCUGUAGCGGUGUUUGAGGAUCACCUUUGGCUUUCAGACUGGGCUAGGCCAUCACUAAUGAGGGUCGACAAGAAGACCGGGCAAAACAGGGUACGUCUUCGAGGCAGCAUGCUGAGACCCUCAUCAAUGGUUGUAGUUCAUCCUUUGGCGAAACCAGGGGCAAAUCCUUGCCUUCAUAUGAAUGGAGGCUGUGAUCAGAUCUGUGAAAACAAUUUUGGAGUUACCCAUUGCAUGUGCCACCCAGGAUUUGGGAAAACUCAAGAUGGAAAAACCUGUCAGCCUCUGAAUGCUUCUAAUGUGACAGCAGAAACUAUCUCUAUGCAGAAGGAGGCAGGUCCAAUGCUAACACUAAAGACCCCCCUCCAGAGCACGUGGAGCAAUGCAGUAUUUAAGGGUAUAGAAAAUGGAGAAAAGAAGAAAAUUGAAGAUUUUUUGAUGGCUGAAAUCAUGAUAUCAGAUGAAGAUGACUGCGCUGCACUAGAAUGUGAUGCCAAUGCACAGUGUGUUUUGCUGGAAGAUGGUGCUGUGUGCCAGUGUUUGAAAGGAUUUGCCAGGAAGGGCAAAUCAUGCUAUGAUGUCGAUGAGUGUGCUGCAAAUAUGGAUCACUGUAAUCGAAACCUGUCAGGGUGUAUCAACACUGAAGGGGGCUAUGUCUGUAAAUGCCUGGAGGGCUACAUGGGAGAUGGGCUCCAUUGUGAAGAUAUUGAUGAGUGCAAGAUGGGGACCCACACCUGUGGAGAGAACAGAACCUGCACAAAUACAGAAGGAAACUUUACUUGCUUCUAUCCUGAUGAUGCUUCUGGAACUGCCGUGGGUUGUGAAUCUACUUUGUCUCCUACUGUUGUCAGCAAUGAAUACUCUACACGCCCUGUGCCAGGUGACUCUGUAGGAUGCCCCCCCUCCUAUGAUUCAUACUGCCUCCAUGGAGGAGUGUGCAAUUAUGUUUCCGACCUACAAGACUAUGCCUGCAACUGUGUGACAGGCUACGUUGGGGAGCGGUGCCAGUUCAGUGACCUGGAGUGGUGGGAGCAGCAGCAUGCCGAGCGGGUGAAGGUGCGGAACAUCACCAUCGCUGUGUGCAUAGCGGUGCUGCUACUGCUGCUGGGGUCACUGGCCACUUACUGCUCCAGAAGUAAAAACUUUUGUAAGAAGAACCGCUAUGCAGAAGCGAUAAGAGAUGCCAGUAGCCGCACUGACAAUGAGAACGUGACACCUACUUGCAACAAGUCUCGGUUUGUGGUUGUCAAGGAGUGUAGCAGUUCUCUGGAGACUAAAGCGGUUGAUCUAAUUGAGUGUGAGACAGCAGACCCUCAUCCUGCCUGUCCUUCGCAAUAUGUGGAACAGCCUAUAACAUAUGACAAAGUGGCAGAGACUUUGGUGGAAGAGAAGAAAGAGCAAGCCUGCCCAGAAGAUAUUCCCAGCACAGACAAAUUUCUUGAACCCACAGUAGAAGAGAAGAGCCUUUCCCAGACUGUCUGGAGAGCCCAGCCCAAGCCCUGCCAGCCUGCCCCAACCAGCCUGCUGAUGCAGCCAGACUAGAAGUCUGAGUUGAGUGGAAAAAAGAGGAAAAUGGAAACUUAGGAAACACUGAAACAGCCUUCAUUGUUGUUUUUGUUUUUGUUUUUGUUUUUUUUUUUUUCUGUGCACUAGAAAACCGGCCAACCAACAAUGGCACAAAUAAAAAUGGAACAGAGAAGUUGUUACCAGUCCUUCACUGUUGUCUCCACUUGGAAGGAUUACUGUGAGCAAUAUAUUAGCAACAAAUACUCUACAAGUAUCACUUUUAGGGUAAACAUUGCAAAUUUCAUUAAAUUGGCAGCUAAAAGGACACUGAGAGAAAACAGACUAGUGGAUGGUUUCUUAGAGAUGAAAAUUUUGUAAUGGAGAUUCAUGCAAGAGAUAGUCUUUACGUGCACAGAGAAUCCAGAAAAUUGCCUGUAUAGUGGGCCACAAGGACAGUGGUAGAGAAACUGGGAUUGAAGAUGAUGCAGGAAAAUGAGAAAAAAAUGAAUCUUUUUUGUUAAAAUUUUGUUCAUGGACGCUAUUACUCUCUCCCCAAAACUGCUUUCAAACCAGUGUAACUUCUGGGACUUCACUGGAGCUGUUGUUGUAAUAACUGAUACCAGACGUGGUUCUGUGUUUCUCAGAUUUGGUGGGUUGUAGGAGUGUUUGUGUGUGUAUGCUGUUAGUGAUGGCUACAUCUCUAAAGUGAGAUGAAACAUUUGAGGAGAAACUGAUUCUUCCAUUAAAUUUCUGUGACUGGCAGCAAAAUCUGCACUGUUAUACCGGACUUCAUGUCCAUGUAUGUUUCAUGUUGGAAAUAAAGUCCAGCCAGUUUCUGUACCAGAAGAAUAUAACAAGUGAGACAAACAAACAAAAUCUCCCCUCAGUUUGGAUUGAUAUCCACAUUGGCAAUUUGUGCUGCCCCAUAAAAUCCAUGUGAUCAAUUGGAAAACACCUGUUUUUCUUGUAACUGGCUUUCUACAGCUCUCUUCCAAUUAUUUGCUAAGAAGAACUAACUUGCUUAUAAUGCUCUGUCAUAUACAGAGUUGUAGCUUAGUUGUUUAUCAUCUCAUCUGAUUUUCACCGUUAAUCUUGAAUUCCUAAGGCUUUUUUCAGAAUGUUUGGCAAGGUAACUGGAAAUUAGCUAUGUUACUAAUGAUUUUCUCAUUACAGGGGAUCUCUCAGAUCUCUAUGUUUGAAAUCUGCUGCUAUAAUUAUUAAACACCUCCUCUAAGCUCCACUACAGUGGUCACCAAUAGUGUUCCUCAUUACUCAUUAGCUAUAUACCAGUGGUUAAUAUUGUUCAUUUCCAUAUUUAACAUCCUGUUUUUAUUUUUUGGAGCUCCACUAUGAAGUUAUGAUGUCUUGUCAUUUGGUUACCAAGUCUGUAGACCAGUGAUGGAAAAGAGUAUUGAAAGGCUCUUAUCUGUUGCCCAAAAUAGCUUCACUCUUAAGUAACUCUGUGAGUUACUUAACAGCAGUAAGAACAUUGAGCCCAAGAUGUUUGAACUACAGAAAUUGUAAAGUUCUGUUUUGUAGACAGUUGUCACUUAGUGAUUUAUCCUUCCAGUGUGACUUUUUGGUGGAUAGUUUUGAAUUAAAGAGUCAGUUCUGAAUUCAGAAUAAACUUGUAAAACAUAUCUUUCCAAAGCAUGGUUGGAAUUAGCAGCAAUGAAGGCACAUUCUCUUGUAUAAAUGGAGACAGAAGUGUUUACAUGGAAAAUGUGUCUAAGAAGGGCUGGCUUACAAAAUUGUACUAAGGCAAGGGGAACCUCUUGGCUGAACCAUUAGUAUACAGUAGAUUGGAUUUUAAUUUAAGUAUAGUUUAAUGUCAUUAACAUCGUAAAAAGCGUCUGGGUUGGGUUCUCCAGUAUUUCACAAUUCGUUGGCAAUCUUAUGUAUGUUGUUGGGAAGAGAGUCCAGCUAUAAAGGCAAAGCAGUUUAUUUUAAUAAGAUCUACACAGUAAAAUGACUUCUAUCCUUGCACUUUGUUUACCUCUGGUGAAAUAUGUUUCUGUGCUUAAAAUCCAAGUGCUAUGUUGAAUGACAGUCAACAUUUAGUUGGAUGUUUCCCUGAUCAAAGAAAAUAAAGACUUGUAACUUUCCAUCUUGUCUAAACAAAGAUAUUUUAUACUCCUUACAAAUUAGUUUCGUAUUCUAUUCCAUGUUUUGUUUACCUUCCUUCAGUCUGAGGAUCUAAUUGGGGGUUGGUCUCGAUGAUCUCUGGAGGUCCCUUCCAACCCCUACAAUUCUGUGAUUCUGUGAUAUUUAUCCCAAAUUAAGUAAUUUUAAAUUUGAUAGUAUUCUUUAGAGAAUGAUAGGAAACUCAGAACAGUAUGUUUUUAUAUUUAGAGUGUUACAAGUUCUAAAUGUUUCCUAUACUAACCAGAAAAUUCAAAACAAUCCUUAAUGAUAAAACCUUGAGGUGAUAUUUCAACAUAAAUAUAAUAUAUUUGGAUUAUUUGUAUGUUUAUAAAAUUGUUGAUUUAUAAACAGAAUAAUAAAGAGGAUGUUUGGUGUUCCUCUUGUUUAGAAAGAAGUGUGAGCAAAACUUAUAAUUUAAACCAUAUCAUGUUUGUUGAUAGCUCCACUGAUUUCAUGCAACUGGAGUGUAACAUGCCAAGAUAAUACAUGCAGGGACCAUGAGUUUUUCUUUAACCACUUAGAGGAUCUGUAAAAAUGAUUAUCAUCUGAAGCUCACAAUUAAACCCCAGCUAGAUUGAGGUAAGCUUUCAUUUGUGAUUUUAAUUACAUAAUUUACAUAAACCAGUGGAAAGUAAACAUUUGUUUUUGUGCACAUUUAUAUGGUUCUCUUAUGACUGUUGCUACUUCUUUGUCUAGAAAAAUUACUGAUGAUUUCCAAAAUACGUUUUCAAACUUGUCUCCAAUAUGUUAUUCUCAGGAUUUUCAUGCAAAUCAGCUGAAGUCAAAUAGUAGAAUGCUGGAGGUGUUAUUAUUAUGAUUUUAUUUUUUGCAAAUUUAUAUCUAAUGUAUAUCUUACCUCAGAAGCUUUCAAAAUUAUUAAGCAUUCUGAGUGUGUAGCUAGCUUAGUAUUAAUCUCAAAAUAUACUGGCAUAGCCUGACUUUAAAAAAUGAAAUUAAUGUGUAUUGUAUUAAGCUGCAAAAGAGGGAUUUUAAAACACUGAGAAAAAUCUUGACAAGUUCAAAGUGAGAAAACUUUUAGGCAGUUCUGGAAAGAAGAGUAGAAAAUGAGUUUGUUUAGUUUAGUAAAUCCUGAUUUUAUUGGGCUUGACAUUUCAAUUCUCCAUAGCCAGAUUUUCAUCGUAAAUGAAUGAGGAAUGUUUCAUGCUCAUUCAUAACAGACAUAGGCAAUGCAAUGGUUCCCAGUCAUUGGAACACAUGACACAUCUCAUAUUUAAGUCCUCAUUUUCAGUUACAUGUGACUUUGCUGACUUUUACCUGUUUGGGUAAAUUUUUUUUUUCCAUCCUGGGAGUCUAUUUCAGGAUGGAAAUAUUUCAGAAAAAAAAAUCUAUGAAAAAGUAAAAACAGUUCUGAAUGGGAUUAGGAGAAGCAUUUGCCUUGCUAAUAUAUUUUGUGGUUUAGUCUUACUGGGAGUAAUUUUAUCUCAUGUUAUUUCAAGGUGAUACCUACACUGUUCAGUUAGUCUUCAGGACACACUUGGUGCUAUUGCUUCACACCCUGAUAACUUGCUAUCUUUAUCUCUCUGCUUGUGAAAAGGGAAGAUGUUAGUGGCAUUAGAAGCCUCCCUCAGAGCCCCAGGAAUGCAUCCAAAACACAUCUGCAGAGAUGAUAGUCUAAGUUAGCUCAUGUUCCUCUGAUCUUUUAUUGAUACUACUGCUUAAUGCCAGUUUUGAGGUGGACAAGGAACAGCCAACUUUGUGAAGACCAUUCAUCACAGGAUUAAUUUUCAGGCACUCCUCAGUGCUAGGAUGGACUAGAUUCAGACCAGUGAAAAGCCCUAGUCUCUUCUACCAGCUUUGGGGGGGCCCUCAACAUCCUGUAAUUUCAAAGCUUUGGAUCUUGAAUUUUGAUGGAACUGAUGCAAUGAUCAUAUUAAAAGAUGCAAAACCUUUUUUGUAUUGGAACUCUGGCCACUACCACUUCUUCCUCUUCAAGUCUCAAUGUUACAACAAAUAUGUCCUCUUCUGCCUUCUCUAUUCUUGGAAGAGAUAGUUAAGAUUCUUCCAUUUAGCAGGAGCUAAACCAAAGCCUGGGAAAAAUUUCUGUGCUCUGUAAAUCAGGACCCUGAAGGCUGGUAUCCUCUUUUCUUCCAGGUAAGAAGUUGGACUAUGUCUUUGAGGUGAAUACGGGAUUCCCAGGUCCUUGUUUUUGCUUGCACCAUGUGCCACGUGCCACUGUGACCUUUCCAAACAUCCAACUUUAAACUAUGUCCUUCAGGAGCUUUGUUACCUCUAUUCUGGACAUCAGUCUGACCCAUUCCUCCUAUGGGAUUCUGUCUAUCAGCCAUUUUUCAGUCCAUGUAGCAAUAUCGGCCUUACCCACAUGGCCUUUAUCCAAACCAGUUUGAAAUGGUUUUAUAAAGGAUUCAAAGAUACUAUGCAAAGUAAUUUCUCACUUUGAUGUGAUGAGCUAUUGGAAUCAAAGCAGUUGGAGUGCUGCUACACUAACAAGUCCCCUAGGUAUUAAAAUGAUGCAAGCAAUGAAAUGAAUAUUUAAUAAUUUAUAAAAGAAUUAGCCACUCAUGCUCCUAGCGAGGAUAGAUUUAUUAAAAAAAAAAAAGCAACAAAGCAACACAGGUUAAUAGCUCUGUAGUUUCAUGACUCAGCAAUCAUUGUGCACCUCUGGGCUUUUUAUUGAUUGAAGUCCACACGUUUUAUGUGUCUAGGGAACAUUGUGCACAUUUUAAUGGACAUGAUCUUUGUUAAUAUUGAUUAAACAAAAUAGUAUAUCUGAGUGUGUUGUAAUAAGGGGAUAGAAUGCACGGUUGAUAUUUCAUUGGUCUAUCAACAGUAGUUACAAUGUAAGAGUUGUGAAUGUGUGUUAUAUUUAAAUUUACAUUUUUCAUGACCCAGGAAAGAAAUUGUGAAUACAUUAUUAUUGUUCUGAUUAUCUGUAGAUGAUUGUAGGUGGUAAUCAGGGAUGCUCCUUGAAGAAUGUAAGCUCACGUAAUCUUGUUGCAGUGCACCUCAGUUACAAUUAUUUAGACUAAGAUUUUAACCACUGUUUUGGUGUUUGUUUCUUGUUUGAUAAAGAGCAUUGGGCCCAUUUCUGUGCAGACUUUGUGUACUGUGUGUGGCUGUUGGUAAUAAGAGUUAAGCAAAAGCGUGUGUUUUAAAUGGCUCUUGAAAUGUAGCCGUUUAAAAAAGAGAUCAAUAAACUAAAUACAGCCAGAU